ACACUACCCAGAGUUGCGCAUGCUGAAGUAUCUUGAGCGUCGUUUUGCUAGAGGGUGCUCGAGGAUGCGCAAUACUAGCACCAGCGCCGUCAAUCUAUAGAGUCGGGCACCUCAUUCCCAGGCGAAGCAACAAGGUAAUGCACCACGGGAGGCUGUGGCGCCAGAGAUAGCGGAGAGGCUUCACUCGAUGUUGGUGCAUACGUCCUUCCAUUUCACGCAGGGAGUUCAAACUUCGUUGGCUUAUCUUGCGAUAAGUAGCGAAGGUUACGGGCUCCCGCUGUUGCUGCGCAGGGCGUAUAAAAUACAUUCGAUCCACCAGUUAGUGCAAGUCGUCGUCACUGAGCCCGUCUACAAGUGAAGAUGCCUAGUGUCAUACGCCCCGCUAUUCCCCACUACGUCGCACCCCCUCCAACUCAAGAGAAUUUGGAAUAUGCCGACCUCGCGAUCCUCGACUUCUCCAAAAUAGGGACCCCAGAGGGCCGCGCUGAGCUCUCCAUUCAGCUGCGCGAUGCCAUGACAGCCCAUGGCUUCUUCUACAUCGUGAACCACGGCCUUACGCAGGCCGAGAACGAUCGCAUAUUUGACAUUGCUGAUGUGGCGUUCUCUGGCGUUCCCGAGGAGGAGAAACGCAACUACCUGGCGAACAUCAAGAGUGGUGGGUCAUACCAAGGCUACAAACUCAGGGAAUAUUGGCACAUUGAUGGCGGUGUCCGUGACCAGAUCGAACACUACAACAUCAACAAGGAUGUCAAUCGGAGGCAGCACCCGCAAGCGAUGUCCCCUCUGCUCCCGGAGGUGGAAGAGUUCGCAAAGUUUAACUAUUGUCAAGUCUUGCAGCCUCUCUUGCGCCUCUUUGCCCUCGGUCUGGAACUUCCGGAAGAUACAUUCAUCAACAUGCACAACUUUACUUCACCGGGAGAGUCGUAUGCGUACCGGGCGAUCGUUCAUUUUCGCGGCUUGCACAGUUACGAGAGGCCUUCCGACGACGAAAUCAAGGCAAAACAAGUGUGGUUCAAGGGACACACUGACAUUGGUAGCAUCACUCUCCUAUGGAGCCAGCCAGUCACGGCCUUGCAGAUGCUUAUGCCUGACGGCCAAUGGCGUUACGUCAGACACAUUGACAAUGCACUCACCGUCAACUCCGGCGAUGCCAUGGAAUUCCUCUCAGGUGGCUUCUACAAGCCUACCAUCCACCGCGUCGUUCAGCCUCCUCAGGACCAGCGGGGCUACAACCGCCUUAGCGUCAUAUUCUUCGCCAUGACCGACGAUGAUGUGAAGCUAGUCCCCCGCGUCGAGAGCCCUGUGCUCCAGAAGCACGGCAUUCAACGGCGCUGGGCAGACGACGCCGACGCGCCCACGAUGGAUGCAUGGCGGAAGGGCAGGACGAGGGCGUACGGUCUUGUCGAGACCAAGAUGAAAGAGAACGGUACAGAGGAGAACAUCGUGGAUGGCAUCGCAGUCAAGCAUUACAACUGAACUUGUGUUCACGUUUCUCGAAACACGAGUCACUCCAAAUUAUGCCAGAAUACAAAGUCGUGGAUUGGCGUGUAAAGUGUUACGUGGCAUGGUCAAUCAAUGUGUAAACGUUGUGUGCGGGCUCCUAGAGGAUGCCGUCACGCUGGACCGUCGUACCCAUC